AUGAAGACCGCAAACGGCACAGGAACGGACGAGGAACUGCUUGAUUUCGAGAACUCACUUCUACUUGGACCGCCCGUUAUCCAAGGCCAGUAUGACCAGAACUUUCGCCGCUUUGGAGACGCCUACGAGGUGGGGGAUCAGACAGCUCGAGAAGGCCUCAAAGAUAUUGUCAUAAAUCUACAGUUGACACUCCUUGCUACCCUGCGCAUGGCGCUGCUGGACAAUACUCAUCCGGAUUUAGCCGCUAUGCUGGCUGCGUCGGACAAUGCCCGCCUCGAUGCCCUUAUGUGUUUGUAUAGGCUGGGGGAACGCAUGGCUCUGGGCCCCCCGCAGCUAAAUCCGUCAUCAUCGCCCCCCACGAAACCAUCGAGUUCAACCGUGGGAUCGCAAUCCAUGCAGCGAAUCCCAUCUCCUCCGCUAAAUAUUAGACGGCCGAUGAUAGGUCCAGGUUUUGAGACCUCGCCGCGAGAUCCACAUCGACUAUCAACAUCGCAGAGUGUUUCAUCGUACGAUACGAGGAAUCACCACCUGCCUCCUAUUUCUCCGGCCAGUGAGAUGUCACUUGUUACCCCAAUAUCGCCGUUUAGCCUUGUGGCCAAGGAUCACACACAGUUCCGGGAUGCCAGGACACCGAGUCUGGAUUCCUCAGUUGGAGGCUCCUUUACGGGGACCCGUUACCAGCACCCGACAAUAAACCAUCCUAGUAGACUCCCCGAAUUAGAUCCUUCAAUCCCGCCCAUUCAUGAAGCAGGGGCCCAAUCAAACAGUAUUUACAGCGAUAGUGUGUAUAGCGAAAAGUCCUCUCGCCCGUUGAUAGCAUCCAGGCCCAGCAAUGGAGGAGAUAUAUCUUCAGUACUAGGUCCCAUUCGACAUGGGCCAUACGGAAGAGGGGGCAGCUCUCAGGAAAAUGUCUUAGCUGAACAGAAUGCCCCUUCCCCCCGCUCUGGCUCGCUCUUGUCAGGCCUGCAUGGCCGUAGGAAGCGAAUAUCUGCUUCUUCUGACGAAAAGGACACACCUGGGCCCGGUUCCCGCUCAAUUUUCAGCUUUACACGACGGCCCCACCCCGUUCAAACUGGGCCAGCUCAAACCGCUCCGGGGGGGCCGCCUGUAACUGCCGUGGGAACAGAAAAUCUCCUUCAAGCAGGUCUGUAUUUACCAAGUGAAGAAAACAAAUUCGCCGGCUUCUGCAAAGGUGCUUGGAGGCUGCAAAACGGAAUCAAAAAGUCUUUCCGCGUUGAUUUGAGGCCAUCUGGUAUGUACAAACAGAUUUCCACCUGGAGAUGCACAAAAUGCCACUUUGAAGGCCCCAUGGGCCAGACUCCUAUUAUCAGUCGCAAUUCUCCCUCCGCACCCAUCCGAGGAUUCGCUCGCACCUCCCCCCUGGUGGGAAACUGUUCGCAAGAUUUUGAUCAGAGAGUGCGUCUCCACGGUCCCAGCGGAAUCCGCUACCGGUGGUCCUUCCUGGCGAAAAGCCAUUUUCCGAUAAAAAGUAGCCCGAAAGCCAAUGAUGGCACAGGCGGCCGUUUCGGGUGCAUAUACUGCUGCGUGGAGCAGCAAGGGCCUGCGCCGGUGUUUGCAGAUAUAGAUACAUUCAUGCAGCAUUUGCGGCUUCAUGCCGGAUCGGCCGGGCUCGCCGAUGCGAGAGCGACGCGAGAACCGCCCCAGGCACUGCUGGAUUGGACGAAGUGUAUCGUGGGUCGAGUUGCGACGGAAGAGGAGGGAUUUGAUAUCAAUAUUCCCAAAGUAGUGGUGGAGAUGGGGGAUUGA